AUGGAAGUCCUGCUAAUGUGUUCCUCAAGAAUGACCAAAAAGAUUGGUCGCAAAAAAAUACAGAUUGAUCUGGAGAUGAUGAGCUUGAUUCCUUUCGGUCGGAGAACAAAUAUAAGAUCAACAACAAAGGCUUUUGGGAUGUCAAAGACCACUGUUUGGAGAAGAAUCAAAGAUGGAAGUAUUAAAGCACACUCAAAUGCUAUUAAACCAGGCUUCUCACUCAAAACAAGAAUAGCAAGACUUAAGCAUUGUCUUGAGAUGCUAGAUGAGAGUGUAUCCCCAGCAGUAUUUUCUGGUAUGUACGACCGUAUUCACAUUGAUGAAAAGUGGUUCUAUAUGUCUAAGACCACUCAAAAGUAUUAUCUUCAUCCAAUGGAAGCGCCGCCGGUACGUAGAUGUACCAGUAAGAAUUUUAUUCCAAAAGUUAUGUUUUUGUCGGCAUUAGCUCGUCCCCGAUAUGAUGAAUACGUAAAUACUCCAUUCGACGGGAAAAUUGGAAUGUGGGCGUUCAUUUUUAUGGAGGCCGCAAAGAGGAAAAGCAAAAAUCGAGUUGCAGAUAAUGCAAGGCCACACAUUGCUAUUGGUGAUGAACAAUUUUGUGAAGCUGUUCGACAAUUUGGAUUGGAUGCGCGCAUAUGUUUUCAACCUCCAAAUAGUCCAGAUUUAAAUGUCAAUGAUCUUGGAUAUUUUAGAUCUAUAGAUGAACAUCAACACUCCAAGGCUCCAAAUACCGUGCCUGAAUUGGUUGCGGGCGUGGAAAAGUCUUUUCGAGAGUGUCCAAGUUACCUGAUAAACAACGUAUUUCUAACGUUACAAACGUGCAUGAAUGAAAUAUUAAAGAAGAAAGGAGAUAAUGAUUAUUAUAUCCCACAUAUGAAGAAAGAUCAUUUGAUUAGAAUUGGUGAAUUGCCAACUUGCAUUCAGUGUGACAGUGAAGUCAUAACCGCAGCAAAAGAAGCGCUUCAGGCUCCACAACAUCAACUAUAUCAACAAGAAAAUGAAACACCACAUGAAUGA